UCAUUUGUAAUAAUUUGCUCAUUUUGUUCGGUUGCUUAAAAAUUAAAAAAAUAAACCUGAAUCUUGACAUCAUCAUCAUCAUCAUUCAAUAGAGUGAAAAAAGAGAAAUAGAAGAGGGAAUCCGUGAUCUCCAUUUCAUUUUCUUCCCUAACAGCCAGUAAGAAACCCUAACCCCCUUCUUCUUCACAAGGAUCCUGCAAAAAAACGUUGGGAUUUGAAUUCGAGCAUUGAACCACCAAAAUUGGAGCAGAAUUUUGGAACUUUCUGAUCCGGGUUUUUCCAUCUUUCAACCAUCACCAUUUUCCUUCCAAUUAUUUUAUGUCAUUUCGCUUUAUCUUAUUGUACACAUAUUAGGUUAGUUUAAUAGCUCCCAUGUUCAUCAUCAUCAUCACCAAACCAGGAAAAGGCAAGAUCUUCAACGACCCAUUGCCGAGAAGAGUCUCCAAACCCAGGCUCUAGCCAUACCCACUUCUCAAAAUCCCAUCUUUGAAGCCACGCUCUUAUUGUAUCAUAUGCCCCAACACCAAAUUAGAGAGAACAGUAGUGGCUAUGGGAGCUGAGAGGAAAUGGCUUUUCACGCUAUUCAGUGCUGCAUUUCUAUCUCUCAUGCUUCUGUUGAUGUCUUCUUUCUCUGCCUUUAGUUCCCCAAAGGCUUUCCCCACCCUUGUUCAGCAUGGUUCUCACUACCCUCCAGCUUUUGCAUACUUUAUCUCUGGUGGUUACCAAGAUAAGGACCGGAUCUUGCGUUUGUUGUUGGCAGUUUACCAUCCCAGGAAUAGGUACCUCCUCCAUCUAGGGAGGGAUGCUAGGGAUGAGGAGAGGCAGGCUCUGGUCGCCGCCGUCAGGGCGGUGCCGGCGAUUCGUGCCUUCGGGAACGUGGAUGUGGUUGGCAAGGCCGAUUAUGUCAUCUACUUGGGAUCCUCCAAUGUUGCCAUUGCUCUCCGGGCUGCUGCCAUCAUGCUCAAAUUGGAUAGUGGCUGGAAUUGGUUCAUCACUUUGAGUGCAAGGGAUUAUCCUCUCAUCACUCAGGAUGAUCUGUCCCACGUUUUCUCAUCUGUUAGUAGAGACCUCAAUUUUAUUGAUCACACUGGUGACCUGGGAUGGAAAGAGGGUGAUAGAUUCCAGCCUAUUGUAGUUGACCCGGGGCUAUACUUAGCUCGGAAAAGUCAGAUUUUUCAAGCUACAGAGAAGCGGCCUACACCUGACGCGUUCAAACUCUUCACAGGUUCACCAUGGGUCAUUUUGAGCCGACCCUUCUUAGAGUUCUGCAUUUUUGGUUGGGACAAUUUACCACGGACACUACUCAUGUAUUUUACAAAUGUGAAGUUAUCUCAAGAAGGCUACUUUCACACAGUCAUUUGCAAUGCACCAGAAUUUAAGAACACAACAGUAAAUGGCGACUUACGGUACAUGAUCUGGGACAACCCUCCAAAGAUGGAACCUCACUUCCUUAAUGCCUCCGUUUACAAUCAGAUGGCAGAAAGUGGAGCUGCCUUUGCAAGACAGUUUCAACUUAACAAUCCUGUGCUGGACAUGAUUGAUGAAAAGAUCCUGCGACGUGGUCGCCAUCGAGCGGCUCCAGGGGCGUGGUGCACUGGGAGGAGGAGCUGGUGGGCGGAUCCAUGCUCCGAGUGGGGUGAUGUCAAUAUUGUGAAGCCUGGUCCUCAGGCUAAGAAGCUUGAAGGGUCUGUUUCUAGCCUUCUUGAUGACUUGAACUCACAUGCCAAUCAGUGCCAGUGAAUAGAAGCAUUUUAGGAAGCUGUGCAGUGUUAAGAACCACGAUUCAUGGACAGGUAGAGAAAGUUGGUAUUAGCUGAAAGCACAUUCUUUGGUCACCAAAGUGUAAUAUGAAUGUUGGAGUCAUAGGCUCAUAGCAGUGUUCGUAAGUGAGUGUUGAUAGCAACACAUGAGAGUUGAAGUGGGGAAGGGAAUAUAUAUUUAAGAGGCUUAAUAUUUGUGGUGGAUCCUCCAAUACCUUGUCAACCAGUGGGAGGAUAUUCCCUCCUGAUUCCAUUUUCAUCAUGUUGUAUGUUCUGUAUGGUCUCCUCAUUACCAUAGGGAUUCCGGAGGAUCAGAGCAGAAAGUUGAUUCUUUUUAGAUAUGAUUGUCGUUUUCCAUUCUCCCACUAUUUCACUUUUUUGUUAUACUGUAUGAUUGCUGGUUCAACAGCUUUACACGUGCCAUGUGUUAUUAUA